UUUCCUCCUCCUCCCCCUCCUCCUUCUCCUCCUACUGGCUGGGGCAGCUGCUCUUCUGGGCCACUCAACCUUAGGCCUUCACAGCUCUUCCCCUGGUCCCUAAAACCCACCCGCUGGGGAGCCAGAGCCACCUAAGAAGGCGUCCUCCUAUACUGGACCCCCACAGGAAGCCACUUGUGCCCAGCUGGGGCACGGCUCCAGCUGAUGCCCCAGAGGGACCACCCAUCUCAGGAGAGGCUUUGGGCCCUGUCCUCCCUCCCCAUGGCACAUGACCCAGAGCCUGAUGCCGAGGGACUGUUGGACCUCAGCUUCCUGACAGAGGAGGAGCAGGAGGCCAUUGCCGAUGUCCUCACCAGAGAUGCCCGCCUGCGCCAGCUGGACGAGGGGCGGGUCAGCAGUAGAGGGGCACGACAAACAGCUGGAGGACAGACACUUCUAGUUAUGCACCUUUGGGCAACUUACAUGACCCUGAGCACUAUUCUCCUCAUCUAUAAGAUGGAGCUUCGGAGUCCUAUCUCAGAAUUAGGAGAAAUUAUCAAGCUCCGGGCCUCGCUAGCAGACCCCGGGCAGCUGAAGACCCUGACAGGAGACUGGUUCCAGGAGGCACGCUCCCAACGGCACCAGCACACCCACUUCGGCUCUGACCUUGUCCGAGCCUCUAUCCGCAGGAAAAAGAGCUCUAGGGGAGACCAGCCUCUGGGCAGUGACAGGGAGGCUGAGGCUGCUGGGAAAGAGACUGAAGAGGAGAUAGAGCCCAGGCUCCCCACAGAGGAGGAGGCCCCUCAAGAGAGGCGUGGUGAGAUUCAUGGACCUGAUUUUCCCUCAUCAUAUGCCCCUCUAAAGGUCUCAGAUCAUGAGGAGGAGCCUCAGAUCCAGGAAGCCCCCGGCCCAGGGGGUGCCCAGGUGGAAGCGGAGCAGGCGGUGCCAGAGCCCCAGCCCAAGCCCUUGCCGGAGACCAGGAAAGAGCCACUGCCCGCGGCCCAGGUCCAGGUGGCGUCCGAGACCCUGGAGAACGGGGAGGCCCCGGGGCCCAGCCCCUCACUUGACCGCAUGCUUAGCAGCAGCUCCUCCGUGUCCAGCCUCAGCUCCUCCACGCUGAGCGGCAGCCUCAUGAGCCUGUCCGGGGAGGUGGAGGGCGGCACCUUGCAGGUGUGCGGCUCCUUGAACUUCGCACUGCGAUACGAUCCCGGGGCCCGAGAGCUGCGCGUGCACGUGAUCCAGUGCCAGGGGCUGGCCGCCGCCCGGCGCCGCCGCUCCGACCCCUAUGUCAAAAGCUACCUCCACCCAGAUAAGCAGAGCAAGCGCAAGACAGCUGUGAAGAAACGGAAUCUGAAUCCAGUCUUCAACGAGAUUCUCCGGUACUCUGUCCCGCAGGACGAGCUCUCAGGUCGUGUGCUGAGCCUGUCUGUGUGGCACCGUGAAAGCCUGGGCCGAAACAUCUUUCUGGGAGAAGUUGAAGUGCCCCUGGACACGUGGAACUGGGACUCCGGGCCCACCUGGCUCCCCCUGCAGCCCCGGGCUCCACCCUCUCCCAAGGAGCUGCCCAGCCGUGGCUUCCUCUCGCUGUCCCUCAAGUAUGUCCCUGCUGGCUCAGAGGGUGGGGGGCAGCCUGUGAGUGGGGAGCUGCACUUCUGGGUAAAGGAAGCUCAGAACCUCAUGCCGCUGCGCUCAGGAUCCCCGGACACUUUUGUGCAAUGCUCAGUGCUGCCUGAUGACAGCAGAGCUGGCCGCCAGCGCACAAGGGUGGUUCGACACAGCUUCAGCCCGGUGUUCAACCACACCAUGGUUUACGAUGGCUUUGGGCCUGCUGAUCUACGCCAGGCCUGUGCCGAGCUCUCUCUCUGGGACCAUGAGGCCCUGGCCAGCCGCCAGCUGGGGGGCACACGCCUCAGCCUGGGUACUGGCAGCAGCUACGGGCUCCAGGUGCCCUGGAUGGACUCCACACCUGAGGAGAAACGGCUCUGGCAGACACUUCUGGAGCGGCCAUGUGAGUGGGUGGAUGGCCUUCUACCCCUCAGAACCAACCUGGUCCCCAGGGCUUAGCCCUAUAUGCAGCCCCUCUCUCAGGGCCCCCAUCCCUGGGCCUGCCCUCGGCUAAAGUCAAUAAAGUUUCUUCUGAGAUCA